AGGAACUGCAGAUGCUGGAGAAUCAAAGGUACACAAAAAAGCUGGAGAAACUCAGCGGGUGCAGCAGCAUCUAUGGAGCGAAGGAAAUAGGCAACGUUUUGGGCCGAAACCCUUCUUAGAGUGUGAUUGUUGAUUGUUUAAAAUGGUUCCUUCCUACUAUAAAGAAAUAUUCCACUGUGAAGUUAAGAAAAGACUGAGAAUCAGAGUGCUGAGCUCCAAAAUAUAGUGAGGUCCCUCUUCAAAUUGCACACAUUGUUAAUACAAUCUCCCUAUUCUUUGUGUCUGCAUUCAUGUGAAAGCCAGUACCAUUAUGCUGAAAAUCUGAAACAAAAACAGAAAAUGCUGGAAAAGCAGGUUAGGCAACGUCCAUAGAAAGAGAAACUGUCAACGUUUCAAAUUUGCAACACUUACAGAAUUUUCUGUUUUUUCCUCACCAAUAUGACGUCUACCACACCUUGUAUCACUAAUGUGGUAUGCAUUAAGUAGCAUUUGGAAGUCUGCACCCAAGAAAUGUAUGUUCAUUUAAAAAAUGAACCAACUUUUAGUGAAUAUUUGCAAUGUUAGCAUGUCAGGAAAGGCAGUUGGAUAGUUAACAAUGAGGGUCUCUUAGGCGUUCUUUUUAAAAUCAGAUAAAGUUUGUGUUUUGUGUAAGAAACUGGAGGUUUACAACUACGAUAAGAAGAGUAUUUUUGACGAUAAAGGAAGCAAUGGCAUUGGGAAAGAACAGCAAAAUGGAUGAUCAAUGGUGUAUCUGGACGAGAGCAGCCCCUAGAACUUUUGCCACAAAAUCGGAUACACAAUAUGCCAACCUCAGCAGUUGAAGUUAAAUCCUCCCUGCCUGUCACUAUGCAGACUGCCACUCCAGUUGACUUGAGGACAGAUCCAAGAAUCCCAGUUUCAAAUGUUGACCCCCUUCAUCGCGAACAGCAGCUGCAACAUGAACUAUUGAUGCUUAAGCAGCAGCAACAGUUUCAGAAGCAGCUAUUAUUUGCUGAGUUCCAGAAACAGCAUGAACACCUGACAAGGCAGCAUGAGGUUCAGAUUCAGGAACACCUGAAGCAACAACAAGAGAUCCUAGCAGUGAAGCGUCAGCAGGAAUUGGAACAACAACGCAAGCUUGAACAGCAAAGACUUGAAGAAUUGGAGAAACAGAGACUGGAGCAGCAAUUGCUUAUGCUUCGGAACAAAGAGAAAGGCAAGGAAAGUGCAAUAGCUAGUACAGAAGUCAAACAAAAACUUCAGGAGUUCCUAUUAAGUAAAACAGCUUCAAAGGAUUCUAUGACCAGUGGACUGAAUCAUUCCAUCCCCCAGCAUCCCACAAACUGGGGAGCCCAUCAUGCAUCACUGGACCAGAGCUCCCCACCCCAGAGUACAACACCUCCCACCUACAAAGUCCCUUUGCUGGGAUCAUGUGAUGGUAAAGAUGACUUUCCACUCCGAAAAACUGCUUCCGAACCUAAUUUGAAGGUGCGUUCCAGAUUAAAACAGAAAGUGGCUGAAAGGAGAAGCAGCCCAUUAUUGAGGAGGAAAGAUGGCACAAUAAUUAGCACAUUCAAGAAGAGAGCUAUAGAAAUUACAGUUUCCUCAGUCUGUAACAGUGCUCCUGGGUCUGGCCCUAGCUCUCCGAACAAUUCAAACAAUAUUCCUGCAGAGAACGGAACAACCGGUUCUGUACCCAAUAUUCAUGCUGAGCAUAUGCACCCACAUCAUAAAGCAGUAAGCAUUGAUGGGUCAGUGACUCAGUUCAGCCUCUACACAUCCCCUUCUCUGCCUAACAUUUCCCUGGGGCUCCCAGCUACAGUCACAGCAUCCAACUCACAGAUUAAUCCCUCACAAAAGAUGUCAGCACAACAAGAAGCAGAGCGACAAGCUAUUCAGUCUUUGCGUCAGGGCGGUGCCUUAACAGGGAAGUUCAUGAGUACUGCUUCACUACCAUCCUGUUUGCCUGCAACAGCAAUUGAAGGAGAAUCCAAUACUCACAGUCACCCGUCCCUUCUACAACAUGUGUUGCUACUGGAACAGGCUCGGCAACAGAAUGCUUUAAUAGCUGUUCCCCUGCAUGCUCAGUCGCCACUGGUAACAGGUGAGAGGGUUUCCACCAGUCUUCGAACGGUGAACAAGUUGCCUCGACACCGGCCACUCAGUCGUACCCAGUCGGCUCCUCUACCCCAGAGUCCACAGGCCCUACAGCAGCUGGUGAUGCAGCAACAACACCAGCAGUUUUUGGAGAAACAGAAACAGUACCAGCAACAGCUACAACUUAAGAUGCUUUCCAAGUCAAGUGAACAACCUCGGCAGCCUCCAAGUCAUCCUGAAGAGACGGAAGAAGAAUUGUGUGAACAGCAAGACAUGCAAGAGGAUCAGCCACCUCCACAAAGCACUAACGUCAAUACUGCAGGAAGCGAAGCAGCAGAUCAAAAUCUUGAACAGGACGCAAUGCAAGUGAAGGAUGAGCCACCAGAUAGCGACGAGGAAGAUCAAUUAGAAGAUGAGAAAGAAGCUGAAGAGCAACCAUUGCAUUUUAAUCAGCAACAAUUCUUGGACCAGCAACGCAUGCAAAAGCUUCAUGUGUAUCAGGCUUCUGUAGCUAUGGGAAGCAUGUCUGUGACGGACAGGCAUCAGCCACUCUGCAGAGCCCAGUCCUCUCCAGCAACUGCAGACUUAAACAAUCCUAGUCCUGAGAAACCUGUCGAGCACCUUUUCACUACUGGUUUGGUCUAUGAUACAUUUAUGCUGAAACACCAGUGCACUUGUGGGAAUACUAACAACCAUCCAGAGCAUGCAGGAAGAAUACAGAGCGUCUGGUCUAGACUUCAGGAAACAGGGUUACUCAACAAGUGCGAGCGAAUCAGAGGUAGAAAAGCAACCUUGGACGAAAUUCAAACUGUGCAUUCGGAACACCACACAUUGUUGUAUGGCACCAGCCCUCUGAACAGACAGAAACUAGACAGUAAGAAGUUGCUAGGUCCUAUUACACAGAAGAUGUGUGCACUGCUACCCUGUGGUGGACUAGGGGUGGACAGUGACACUGUGUGGAACGAGAUGCAUUCUUCUAGCGCUGUUCGCAUGGCUGUUGGCUGUGUCAUUGAACUCUCAUUUAAGGUUGCUGCAGGGGAACUCAAGAAUGGUUUUGCUGUUGUCAGACCACCCGGGCAUCAUGCUGAAGAAUCCACUGCAAUGGGCUUUUGCUUUUUUAACUCGGUGGCAAUUUCAGCCAAACUACUGAAGCAGAAACUUAACAUUGGAAAAAUUUUAAUUGUGGAUUGGGAUAUUCACCAUGGAAAUGGUACACAGCAGGCCUUUUACAAUGAUCCUAAUGUGUUGUACAUUUCUCUUCAUCGAUAUGAUGAUGGAAAUUUCUUUCCCGGCAGUGGUGCCCCAGAUGAAGUUGGAACAGGACUUGGAGUAGGAUUCAAUGUCAAUAUUGCUUGGACAGGUGGUGUGGAUCCCUCUAAUGGAGAUGUGGAGUACUUGACAGCAUUCAGGACGGUUGUGAUGCCCAUAGCCAAUGAGUUUUCUCCUGAUGUUGUGUUGGUAUCUGCUGGCUUUGAUGCUGUAGAAGGACAUCCCUCCCCUCUUGGUGGAUACUCUGCAACAGCCAAGUGUUUUGGCUACCUGACCAAACAGCUGAUGAAGUUAGCUGCAGGACGUGUGGUUCUUGCUUUGGAAGGAGGACAUGAUCUCACUGCCAUCUGUGAUGCAUCUGAGGCCUGUGUUUCAGCCCUGCUGGGUAAUGAGCUGGAUCCUUUGCCUCAAGAAAUACUUCAGCAAAAACCCAAUGCAAAUGCAGUCGCAUCACUAGAGAAAGUUAUUGAAAUUCAAAGCAAACACUGGAGUUCGGUGAAGCGCUAUGCUUCCACGGUAGGUUACUCGUUGCUGGAGGCCCAAAAGCACGAGAAGGAAGAAGCAGAAACUGUUACAGCAUUAGCCUCGCUGACAGUGGACACAGAGCAGAACAGUUCUGAACCAGAGGCAAGGCAAGGGGACGAACCAAUGGAAGAAGAGCCAGCAAUGUAAAAGUGCCAAUGGUCAUAUUACUGUCACCUGUGUGAAUCUUUCUUGUAACCUCCUUUAAAGUCUAUCAGACAUACAGUGUCCAUUGUCUGCCUCUGACAGUGUUAUUGUAUUGAACUUGAACUGUUGUGAAAAACAUCUAGUCUUCAAGCUAGAUUCACUAGCCAAUCUGUCUGUAUUUGAAGACCUGAAAUUGAAGAGUUUAAAGGGACACCGCAGCUUUGUAUUUCUUCAAAGUUCAUCUGUUCUCCCUUAAGGGAGAAUAAUGUUUUAAAGGUUACAAAACACUCAAGGCUUUGAUUUCAGCUCCCUAGCCUAAAUGCAGUGGUAAGAUAUUAGCGUUUGAAAUGCUUAUGAGAGUUGAUGAAUCGGCUUCCUAAA